CGCCUAAUCACCCAGACGUCCAGCCUGAGGCGGCUUGACUAGGAGGAUUGCGUGCGGGACCGCGGGCUUUCGGGCCUCGAGAAGCCGACAAUAUGGAGGCACCUCCAGUCACCAUGAUGCCAGUAACAGGUGGCACUAUUAACAUGAUGGAAUAUUUAUUACAAGGUAGUGUUUUGGAUCACAGCCUGGAGAGCCUCAUUCACCGACUUAGGGGUCUGUGUGACAACAUGGAACCUGAGACUUUUCUGGACCAUGAAAUGGUGUUCCUCUUAAAGGGGCAACAAGCUAGCCCCUUUGUUUUAAGGGCUCGGAGAUCAAUGGACAAGACAGGGGCACCCUGGCAUCUGCGCUAUCUGGGACAACCUGAGAUGGGGGAUAAGAACCGCCACACCCUAGUCCGUAACUGUGUGGAUAUUGCCACAUCAGAGAACCUGACUGAUUUUUUGAUGGAGAUGGGCUUCCGAAUGGACCAUGAGUUUGUAGCCAAGGGCCAUUUGUUUCGAAAAGGUAUCAUGAAGAUUGUAGUAUAUAAGAUUUUCCGAAUCCUGAUGCCAGGGAACACAGAUAGCACUGAAGCACUGUCCCUCUCCUAUCUUGUGGAGUUGAGUGUUGUUGCACCAGCAGGACAGGACAUGGUUUCUGAUGACAUGAGAAAUUUUGCUGAACAACUAAAGCCUUUGGUUCACUUGGAGAAGAUAGACCCCAAAAGGCUAAUGUGAUACAAAGGGACUUUCUGACAUUGGAGUUUGUUCUUUUGCAUUAUAGAAUCCAAAACUCUAAAUAAAUAUCCUUGAGCAACAGAAAUUGGACUUCUUUACUUCAUACAAGGGUCUUGGGAGCUUCACUGAGCUCUGGAGUUCCAACCUCCUUUUCUGAAAAUUUCAUCAUAAAUUGCUUACAUCACUUUGUAAUGAAAAACCCUGUUAAUUUGUGCCAUUCAGUUAACUCAUUCAUUGGGUUAUAUUAAUAGUGCCAUUUUUAAAAAGUAAAUUUUUCCAAUAAUUAAACCUUUUUCUCCCUCUUCCCCUACUGGAAAGAUAAAAGAAAAAACAAAACCCUUGUGACGUUUUGAUGUUAUGAGAACUGAACUAAAUUUGACUGGAUUUCAUUCAUUUCUGACCACAGGAAAAAGAGAAUGAAGAAAAACAAUUUUUCACAAAGAAAAGCUAUUAACUUCUUGUUUUUUUAAGACUCUAGAGGAGAGUGUCUAAGACCUAUGGCAGUGAGUAUAUGUUAUAUGGUAAAAUAGCAUGAAAAGCCUUGGGUCCAGAGUUUCUAAUUCUCCUUUCUAUGUAUCUUCCCUAACCAUUGCCAGUUUUGUUAUCAGCCAGAAUAACCUACAAAAAUCUACACAUUUUAUGGGGCCAAAAGCAGAGAUAGUUCAUGUUGUAAAUGUAAAGAAUGUUUAUUUUCAAUGUUUUAUGAAUACUCCUUAUUUUCAAGUCUGAGUCACAUCUAGAUAUUCCUUUUACUACCCUCAUCUCCCAAAUUGAAUCCUCCCUUGUAACUAAGAAAAUCAGUUGAGCAAAAAAACCUCUCCAGAUGAUUGCAUCUGACAAUCCAGUGCCUUACUGCUGAAAGACAAGAUGUUUCCUUUAUCUAGUCUUUCCAGUUUAUUAUUAA